AUGCUGUUGCAAAAAGUACGCGGAGUUCCAGCGCCGAAGCAGGAUAAGUUGGAUACAGUGAUCAAGUUCGGAAUGGCGGUACAAAAUCUCUGUGAUCAUUUAGUCGCAGGGGGACAUGAAACGCAUCUGAACAAUCCGAUGAUGUUGUUCGAGUUGGUGGAAAAGCUACCAGCGAGUAUGAAACUGGAUUGGUCGCUUUAUAAACAGCGAGUAACGACUGCGAAUAUCGAAUCUUUUGCGCAAUAUAUGAGUACCUUGGUGCGUGCAGCGACGGACGUGACGAUGAACUACGAUCCGGUGGCGCAGCAGCAACCAGCUCGUACGGUAAAGGCGGAAAAAUACAACAGAGACAAAAACUUUUGCGGAACACAUUCGACGGAAGCAGAAAUACGCGUCCCGGCGAAGGGAGGUGAAUUACAUACCCCGGUGAAGGAGGAAAUAGUACGUUCUUUCGAGCCAGCGUGUCUCAUUUGUAAAGACCCGAAGCAUCGGGUAAAGGAGUGUCCCAAAUUCGCAGAAAAAGAUCCGGAGGAACGUUGGAGAACAAUUCAACAUUUUGGUUUGUGUCGUACAUGCCUGGGAGCGCAUGGUAAACGCACUUGUAAGGUCCGGCGACGUUGUGAAAUCGAUGGGUGUCAAUUUCGCCAUCAUCCACUUUUACACAGUAAACGGGAAACCAAAGGAGACGACAAAAAGACUUCACCUAAAGUUGUUCCGGAAGUGAGAGGAGAUCACGCUGCUAGCCAGCCGGGCGGAUCCAGAGCUGUGACAAAUUAUCAUUUUACCGAAAAGAUGACGCUAUUUCGAAUCGUGCCAGUGACGCUACAUGCCAAUAAUCGAUCAGUGGAGGUGUACGCCUUUCUCGAUGACGGUUCAUCCAGGACACUAGUUGAUGAACAAAUCGUACGAGAACUGGGUAUAAAGGGUGAAACGCAGCCCUUGUGUCUUCAGUGGACGGCGAGUGUGAAACGCAUGGAGGCAGAUUCUCAACGGGUCGCGAUGGAGAUAACUGGAGGUUCCAGUGCUACUAAUCACGCGCUUUCGGACGUACGCACGGUGGAACAGUUGGACCUACCACGACAAUCUUUACGAUAUGCGGAACUAGCCAAGACUUAUCCGUAUUUAAGAGGUAUUCCAAUAGCCGACUAUAAUAAUGCAGUUCCGCGUAUACUCAUCGGAAACGAUAACGCACAUGUUACCGCCACUUUGAGGAUUCGCGAAGGGCGACCGGGUGAACCGAUUGCAGCUAAAUCACGCUUGGGAUGGACUGUUUACGGAACAAAUCCAGAUAAAACCGGAAACCGUGCACACAGCUUUCACAUUUGCGAGUGUCAGGAUGAUCGAUCGCUUUAUACGAUGGUGGAACAGUUUUUCUCUGUGGAGAGUCUUGGUAUCGUGGCUGAAUGUACUCCGGAAUCGAAAGAAACACAGUGGGCUAAUCAAAUUCUAGCGAAAACCACUAGAAGAGUCGGACAGCGCUUCGAGACGGGACUUCUUUGGAAGUAUGACUACUUCGAGUUUCCGGAUAGCUAUGCGAUGGCGGUUAGGCGUUUACAGUGUCUAGAACGGCGUAUGCAGAAAAACCCAGUGAUAGGCGAAAGCGUGCGGAGACAGAUGUCUGAGUAUGAAGUGAAAGGGUAUAUCCACAAAGCCUCACCGGAGGAAUUAAAGGAAGCGGAUCCGCGACGUGUAUGGUACUUACCUUUGGGUGUGGUGCUGAAUCCGAAGAAGCCAUCUAAGAUACGGAUUUUCUGCGACGCGGCGGCCAAGGUGGACGGAGUCUGCCUGAAUACGAUGUUGCUGAAAGGGCCCGACUUGCUCAAUACCUUGUUGGGAGUGCUUUUCAAAUUCCGGCAGAAGCGAAUCGCUUUUUGCGCGGAUCUGAAGGAGAUGUUCCACCAGGUACAGAUAAGACGUGAAGAUCGGCAUGCUCAACGGCUUCUCUGGCGUCAAGAGACGACACAAGAUCCUGACAUCUACCUGAUGGAUGUAGCAACUUUUGGGGCUACGUGCUCGCCGUGCUCAGCACAACACGUUAAAAAUGUCAAUGCCAAAGAGCAUGCCAAGGAAUAUCCAGCAGCGGCGGAAGCAAUUGUCCACCGACAUUAUAUGGACGACUAUCUGGACAGUGCGGAUAGCGUGGAUGAAGCGGUGAAGUUGGCCCUCGAAGUUAAACAUGUACAUUCUCUGGGUGGGUUCCAUUUGCGGAACUGGUUAUCAAACUGCGAUCGUGUUUUGAAACGGGUCGGGGAAUCCGAUGCUGGAUACGAGAAGAGUCUGCAAUUGGACAAUAGUAACACGACCGAACGGGUACUCGGGAUGUAUUGGAGAACAGAGCCAGAUGUUUUCACAUUUUCCACGGCAUAUACGACGGACGUGCAGCGUCCCACAAAGCGGCAGGCGUUACGGGUGGUGAUGAGCCCGUUUGAUCCGAUAGGCGUUCUAUGCUUCUUUCUUAUCCACGGUAAAAUAUUCAUUCAAGAAUUGUGGAGAGCAAAAACGGAUUGGGACGAGCUGAUUCCCGAAGCGUUGUGCGACAGAUGGGUGCGAUGGACGGAGAAGUUUCAGUUUCUGGACCAGAUAAAAAUUCCGAGAUGCUAUUUCGGAAACCGGACAAUGCAGGAAAUCAAGACAACACAGUUGCAUAUUUCCGUAGACGUGAGCGAAGACGCUUACGCUUGUGUAGCGUACAUUCGGGCUGUUGUACCGAAUGAAAUCGAAGUAGCGCUGGUGGGAGGCAAAGCGAAAGUUGCACCACUGAAAGUACAGUCGAUUCCGAGGCUGGAGCUGAUGGCUGCGGUGAUUGGUGUGAGACUGGCUAAAACGAUAGUCAAGGAACACACGCUGCGAUUCGAUGAGGUGUUUUUCUGGAGCGACUCGAAGACGGUGAUGGCGUGGAUCCACUCGGACCAUCGGAAAUAUCGGCAGUUUGUCGCUUGCCGUGUAGGAGAAAUACUCUCGAAAUCGGAGGCCACACAAUGGCGGUGGAUUCCGACUAAGGAAAACGUAGCGGACGAUGCUACCAAGUGGGGGAAAGGUCCAUGUCUAUCAUCGAACAAUCGGUGGUUCCAAGGCCCUAGUUUCCUGCGCCAAACGGAGAAACAGUGGCCGUCAUGGUCAGAGCCAGCUGCGAAAUCAACCACAGAGGAGCUAAGAGCGUGCAUGGCCCAUCACGUAACAACAGCAGCACAGGCAGUCGAUUGGAAAAGAUUUUCCUCGUGGAUGCACUUAUUGAGGUCGGUGGCUUAUGGGUACAGAUUCAGCAGAAAUCUAAAACAAAAAGCCGCAAAGCAAAAAGUGCAGCGUGGACUGCUAACGCAGGAUGAGCUGGUGACAGCGGAACAGCUUAUAUUUAGUUGGGUUCAAUGGGAACAAUAUCCCGAUGAAAUGACCGUUCUAAGUGGUGACCAGAAAGUGCCAACGCGACUACGGACAAAAUUAGAGAGAACCAGCAGAAUUCGUACCCUGUCACCUUAUGUUGAUGAAUUUGGCGUGCUCCGCUCGGACAGUCGAAUUGCUGCGGCUAGGUAUGUAGCCUAUGACACUCGAUACCCCGUUAUUCUACCGAAGGAACAUAUAGUGACUCGCUUACUGGUGAGCUUUUAUCAUCAAAAGUAUUUGCACGCGAAUGGAGAGACCGUAGUUAAUGAGCUAAGGCAACGUUUUCAUAUAUCGAAGCUGAGAUCGCUAGUCCGCGAGGUCGUAAAGGGAUGUAUGAAGUGUAAAAUUAAGAAGGCGGUGCCAAUGGUUCCUCGAAUGGCACCACUCCCGGCAGCAAGGCUACAGGCGUUUACCCGCCCGUUUUCAUACGUGGGGGUGGAUUUCUUCGGGCCUAUUGCGGUGCGUGUCAAUCGCAGCAUUAACAAGCGAUGGAUAGCGCUAUUUACGUGCCUGACAACCCGUGCCGUACACCUCGAGGUGGUACACACUUUAUCGACUGAGUCCUGUAAAAUGGCCAUCCGACGUUUCAUAGGACGCCGAGGUGCACCGGUAGAGAUACGAAGCGACAGAGGUACGAACUUCGUAGGAUCAAGCAAUGAGCUACUAAAGAAGAUGAACGAGAUUAAUUCACAACUUGCGGAGACGUUCACGAACGUGGGCACAAGAUGGGUGUUUAAUCCACCGGGAGCACCACACAUGGGUGGCGCAUGGGAGAGGCUGGUGAGGUCGGUUAAGACGGCUCUAGCGGCAAUGUAUACUUCGAGGGUUCCUAGUGAGGAGACAUUGACGACGUUGGUGGUGGAAGCUGAGAGUGUGGUGAAUUCGCGUCCACUGACGUAUAUUCCGCUCGAGACAGAGCAGCAAGAGGCUUUAACACCAAACCAUUUCCUUUUACUAAACUCCAGCGGUGUGGUUCAAACCCCAAAGAAUCUUUCAGAUCCCAAACUAGCGGGCAGAGCGGAGUGGAAUUUGUGUCAGGUAAUGCUGGACGCUUUCUGGCGUCGUUGGGUCCGCGAAUACCUCCCAACAAUCGCACGGCAUACGAAGUGGUUUGAGGAAGUGCCACCGAUCGGAGUUGGCGAUAUAGUAGUCGUGGUAGAGGAGAAAGUGAGAAACGGAUGGAUUCGUGGAAGAGUUGUCGAGACUAAACCUGGAAGGGACGGAAGGGUUCGCUCGGCAGUAGUACAGACGGGCAACGGACUCGUACAUCGACCAGUGUCAAAGCUGGCGCGCUUGGACUUAGAAACGGACUCCGGAGAGAGUAAAGCGGAAGAGGAACCAGCUUUACGGGUCGGGGAACUGUAA